AUGGCUGGCACCAGGGAGCUGGAGCAGUGGCUCAAUAAAGCCACUGACCCAAGUAUCCCUGAGGAAAACUGGGAAUGCAUCCAGAAGUUCUGUGAGCAGGUGAAGCUGGAGGCAGAAGGCCCAUCACUUGCAUCACGGCUGCUGGCACAUAAAAUACAGUCACCUCAGGAGAUGGAAGCUCUCCAUGCUCUCACAGUGCUGGAGACCUGUGUGAACAACUGUGGUGAAAGAUUUCAUAAUGAAAUAGCAAAAUUCAGGUUUCUGAAUGAGCUGAUUAAAGUGCUUUCCCCAAAGUACUAUGGAACCUGGUCUUCAGAAAAAGUCAAGUCAAGAGUUACAGAAGUAAUAUUCAGUUGGACAGUCUGGUUUCCUCAGGAAGUUAAAAUCCGGGAUGCUUAUCAGAUGCUGAAGAAACAAGGGAUUGUAAAAGAAGACCCAAAAGUGCCAGAAGACAAAAUUUUACCUCCCCCUUCUCCAAGACCUCAGAAUUCAAUUUUUGACACAGUUGAAGAGAAAUCAAAGCUCUUGGCAAAGCUUCUGAAGAGCAGCCACCCUGCAGACCUGCAGGCUGCCAACCGUCUGAUCAAGAGCAUCAUCAGAGAGGAACAGGAAAAGUCAGCCAAGGUGUCCAGAAGAGUGGAUGCCAUCAGUGAGGUUUCGGAGAAUGCUAAACGGAUGGAUGAAUUGCUGGAAAACUACAAGAGACAAGAAUUAUCCAAAUCUGACCAGGAGACCCUAGAGACCCUGUUUCAGCGCUGUGAGAAGCUCCGGCCGCUGCUGUUCCGCCUGGCCAGCGAGACAGUCGAGGAUGACGAGGCUCUAGCUGAGAUCCUGCAGGCCAAUGACAAGCUCACACAGGUGCUCAGACAGUACAGGCAGGUUGUAGCCAGCCCUGAAGGUGGUGGUGGAGGAGGUUCAGCCACCAGCUCUGCUGAUGCACCAGCCUGCCAGCCAGCCCCACAGCAUGUGAGGAGCUACACACUGAUUGACUUCUCAGAACUGGAGGUGACAUCCCAGUCUCCUACAGAUCAGUCUGCAAACACAACCACCACCUCCCAGCGGGGCAGCACCACCUCCACCUGUCUGCUCGAUGAGGAGCUGAAGGCUUUAGGUCUCAGCAACUCUCCUGUUGUACAGAAGCCACCACCUGAUUUUGGCUUAGCAGAGGCUGCUGCACACAAUGGACACAGUGAAACCGUAAGUGCUGUUCAGACAUGGGGACUGGAGGAGAGCUGUGCAGAGGAGAGUGAAUUCCAGGGCCUGGCUGAUCAGCUCUCUCCACCAUCCAGGACACACACAUUAUCCUUGGAUUUAUCACCAAGGAAAUUGCCCUUUCCAGACCUUUCAAAUAGCUCACUGGCAGACACUUCAUUCUCCAGCCUAGGCUAUGCUGCCUCUUUGCAUCCAGCUUCCCAUGAUGCUUCUCUAGAAGACCUUUUUGUCCCUUUAAUUUCAAUUACACCAAGCAGUGUCUGCCCACUCACGGUGUAUGACAGGAAUGGUUUCAAGGCUAUGCUCCACUUCUCCAGAGACCUGGCUCCUGGCCGACCAGAUGUGCUGGUGAUGGUUCUUUCCAUGCUGAGCACAUCAGCUCAACCAAUUAAGGACAUAGUGUUCCAAGCUGCAGUCCCAAAGACCAUGAAAAUAAAGUUACAGCCAGCAUCUGGCUCUGAGCUGCCUGCCUUCAACCCCCUUCUGCCCCCAGCAGUGGUAUCCCAGGUCCUGCUGCUUGCCAAUCCACACAAGGAUCCCAUCCGGCUGAGGUACCAGCUGGCCUUCAGGCAAGGUGUGCAGCCCUUCAGGGAGGCUGGGGAGCUGACUGGCUUCCCAGAAGCAGAGCUCUGGGGCAGGAGCUGA